AUGUUGUUAGGUACAGUGGCAAACCUUGCUGCUUUAGAGGAUCUGUUUAUUCGGGGCUGCAGUAUGUUGGUAUCUUUGCCAGAGGAGUUACAAAACCUCACCUCUCUCCGGAAGCUGUUAAUUGCAGUGUGCAAUGGUCUAACGUCCUUGAGACUACAAGGCUUGAGCUCUCUUCAAUCUCUAUCCAUCCAGGGGUGUCAAAGCUUAACGAGUUUGAUAGGGGGACUGCAACACCUCACUGCCUUACAUUCCUUGAAAAUUAUUAAUUGUCGGGAGCUGGAAUAUUUACCAGAGGGUAUGCAACACCUUACUUCCCUUCGAAAACUCACCAUACGGGGCUGUGAGAAGUUGACAUGUUUGCCGGAAGGGCUACGACAUGUCACAACACUGGAAGAUCUAAUGUGUGACUGUCCAAGUCUAACGGCUCUGCCGGAGUGGAUAGGAAACCUGUCAUCGCUUCGAUCUUUGAAACUUUACAAAUGUCCUCAAUUGGAGUGUUUGCCAGAGGAGUUACAAAACCUCACCUCUCUCAAGAAUCUAGAUAUUGAUGAGUACAAUGGUCUAACGUCCUUGAGACUACAAGGCUUGAGCUCUCUUCAACAUCUAUCCAUCGAGAGCUGUCAAAGCUUAACGAGUUUGAUAGGGGGACUGCAACACCUCACUGCUUUAGAAUGGUUGAAUAUUAUUGAUUGUCCGGAGCUGGCAUACUUACCAGAGGGUAUGCAACACCUUACUUCCCUUCGAACACUCACCAUACGGAGCUGUCAGAAGUUGACAUGUUUACCAGAGGUUAUGCAACACCUUACUUCCCUUCGACAUCUCACCAUAUGGAGCUGUCAGAAGUUGACAUGUUUGCCGGAAGGGCUACGACAUGUCACAACACUGGAAGAUCUAUCAAUCGGUGGAAUGACUCCGCCGGAGUGGAUAGGAAACCUGUCCUCGCUUCGACGUUUGGAGAUUGAGGGUUGUGAUAAAUUGACAUGUUUGCCAUCAGGGUUGCAACUCCUAACAAACCUCCAACGCCUACAAAUCUGGAAAUGGCAAAGUCUAACAGCUCUGCCGGAGUGGAUAGGAAACCUGUCAUCGCUUCGAUUUUUGGAAAUUAACGAAUGUCCUCAAUUGGAGUGUUUGCCAUCAGGGUUGCAACUCCUAACAAAUCUCCAACGUCUAAGAAUCCAAGGAUGUCCCCAAUUAGAGAAGCGAUGCGAGAAGGAGAAAGGCGAGGAUUGGCACUACAUAUCACGCAUCCCACAAAUUCGGAUUGGCGAGGCUGCCCCAUUUAGGAUUGUAAGCACCACUUCUCACUCAAAACUUAUCUUUGCUUUAUUAGUUAGGGAUUUUUACUGGAAAGCUCCUUACUAA